AUGCAACGCCUGCUGGUGGCAGAGGCCAGCUUGCAAGUUGCUGAUCCCAACCUUUUUGAUACGCCUAGCAGCCUGAAGAUGGACUGGUCUUCGUGUCCACAAAUUGAACCAGGCAAAGACACUGAUGUUCCCAUACAGAUGAAAGCAGUUAGGAAGGCCUUUGCCAGUGUCAAAGAAGCAUAUACUGCUGCAGCCACUGCAGCUUACCACCCCAGUCCACCUGCGCAGAAAGUGUUUCUUGGAUCACCGGAUUCUGUGGAAAAACUCAAGCAUAUGCCUCAGAUAAGUUUCGUCUGGAUGAUGGUCACCAACUCUCGAAUGAAGAAUUUGGUUUGCUCUUCAUGUCCUUACAAAGGUGCCUAUCCUCUGUUGGCACGUUGGACCAUCAACAGGAACCUGAACCUACAGUGGUAG